GGAUUGCAGCACAUUCCACUGAAGCUUCAGCUGCCAGGAUCUGAUUGGAAACAUCUCCGAGGCCACAGCAGUCUCCACCCUGGGGGUCAAACUACAGCUAAACACUUGCACCAGCCUCCGAGCUCAGUGUCUGUCUCGGUCCUGCCAGUUAUAUGGGAAAUGUGGACUAAACCAGGUGACUCAGGCUGGACAAUCUCUUCAUCGCAGGAACUAGCCUAGUGAACCUUUGCAACACUCGAGGGCAGUUAUAUGCCCAAAUGCUACACACUUGGUCACACCAAUGCCCUAUAUAAUAAGACUUUUCAUCCCAGGUUUGAGGAUGCACAGGGACAACUCUCCAUCGAAUGUCCUGUUACACUACCCCACAACUCCUUGGAAACCUCAGGGUGGAUUGACAUGUCUUGAUUGACUCUACCAACUGUAGACCACAUUGAGGGUGAAGGAACUCAGUGACUUUGGGAUUUGAGUCAAGAUGGCAACCAUGUCAGAACCUGUUGAGAUCAACAGUCCUAGCCAUUCGGAGACUUCACCUACAAAGGCAUCGAAGAAGGACAAAAAGCGAGGGUCAGAAAAAACUGAAGAAUCUCUGUUGGCCAGGUUUAAAGGUGAUGGAGUUCGUUACAAAGCCAAGAUCAUUGGUAUUGAUGAUGUGGCAGAUGCCAGAGGAGAUCAAAUGUGUCAGGAUUCGAUGAUGAAGCUUAAGGGCAUAGCAAUAGCUGCUCGUGCACAAGGACAUCACAAGCAGAGAAUUUGGGUCACCAUCUCUCUCUCAGGAAUCAAGCUAAUUGAUGAGAAGACUGGAGUGAUUGAAUACGAGCAUACAGUCAACAGGAUCUCCUUCAUUGCUAGAGAUGUCACAGAUAACCGUGCCUUUGGUUAUGUUUGUGGUGCAGAAGGCCAGCAUCAGUUCUUUGCCAUCAAGACUGCUCAGCAGGCUGAGGCACUGGUAGUGGAUCUGAAGGAUCUCUUCCAAUUGAUCUACAACUUGAAGAAAAAGGAGGAAGCAGAGGAUCAGUCAAAGGAUGAUGGCAAACCUACUGAGAAUGGUAGCCCAUUGCUGAAUUUUGAUGACCAGGUAUCUCACGUUAAAAAUGAUAUUGAACAGAUGCAGCUGUUUGGAGACAUGUCUACACCACCUGAAAUCCAUUCCACACGGGAAAAUAAUGGUGGUUACUUGCUGGACUUGUCCUCUCCUGAAUUGGACCCCUUGAACACCUGUACGAAAAGAAAUCCUUUUCAUGAAGACACCAAUGCUUCCUCACUCAACUUCUUUCCUGAACCUGAUCCCAAUCCUUUCAGGAAUGAUCCUUUUUCUGAAUCUAACCAAUCAACAUCUUCUCAAUCAGUUGAUUCUAUAAAACUUACUGAUCAGAAAGAUGGAGCUCUUACUUUCCUAAGUGAUCAAUCUGUCAAUGGCGCCCAGAGUGGAGAUCACCUUGGUCAUGACUUUGACCAGCUUUCUAGCCGGGUUGUCACAAGUACAAAAGUUGACUCUUCAUCCUGGUCACUGAAUGGAUUACUAGGACAGGAAACAACUGAUCCAGUUAACCAAUCAGCACCUGACCCUUUUGCUGAAAUUUCAGCUGUUGCAUCACCAGCACACAACGGGUUAAAGCCAGACAUUCAAAGUGCUGCAAACAAGCAAAUGGAUUCCCUCCUGAUGCAGACCUUUGACUCGGUUACAUUAUCCCCUCCACCACAAAGCACAAAAGGAGGACGAGGCAGGCGGAACAUUCAGUUGACAAGUGAUAACUUUGGAUCCAGUCCAUUUGUUCUGGCAACAACUCCUCCUCCAGCCCAGCCUGGCCAUGGUUAUCCUCUACUCAAUGCACCAACUUCCUCAUCUACACAGGUCAGCCCAGGUUUAUCUGCACCUUCCCAGGCUGCACCAUGGGGACAACCUCCAGUAAUCUCUCAACCUGGAUCAAUGCCUUCAAGGCCAUUACUUGGCCCACAACCUCUCUUUGGACAGCCCAAUGUCUUUGGUAGUCAGCCUACUACUGUUUGGAGCCAAUCGGCCCCAUUUGGAGCUGCAUCUGCAUCCUCUGCUUGGGGCCAACCAACUUUAGCACCACCCAGUGUCUGGGGUCAGCCAGUUCCUCAAGUCAACCCUUUUGGAUCCAAUCCAUUUGCACAAUCCCUUCCUAUGGCACAACCCAUCAUUGGCCUGACAUCUCCUGCUGGGGUCUCAUUGUCCCCACCUCAACCACCACCACGACUUACCCCUCAGGCCAGUCCACAGGAGACAGCCAAGCCACAAAGCAAUGCUUUCACUGCCUUGGACCCACUAGGAGACAAAGAGAAGAAGAGUGUCAAAGAAAUGUUUAAAGACUUCCAGAUUGCCAAGCCCCCAGCCAUCCCAGCUCGGAAGGGUGAGCAAUCUGCAGUCCCUGGGGCAACUGGAGCUUUUGGCCAGUAUUUCACUAGUAAAGUGGGUGUUGCCCAAGAAACUGCUGACCAUGAUGACUUUGACAUCAAUCAAAUCUCAUCUGUAGGGACAAAUGAAGCCCCAACAGCACCACCUAGACAGAGUAUACCAACACCGAAUCCAUUUGACUCUAUGGGAGAUCCAUUUAUUACUUCUCCGGCACCAGCUAUUCCUGCUCAACCAUCUGAUCCAUUUGGAGAUCCCUUUGGAAACCCAUUUGUGUAACAUUCUCUACAUUAUCUGCACCCCAAAUUUGAUCUUCUGGAUUUGACUAUCAAGCAGCCUUUGCGCACACAAGGGUUGAUGGGUGAAUCAGGUUUCAUCAGACAAGUGAUUCGUGUCCUCUUACUAGAAGGAUUUCUGGCUUGCUGUGGAUUGUCACUAACUAAUUCAGGUCACCAGUGACUAGGAGGAAUUAUCUAUGCAGCCAAGUAGCCUUGCUCUUUUUGUUAAGGUGGCUGUUUUACUACCUUACAAGCCAGAAAAUCCUUUUGGCUUAAGAAUUCAAGUGACCUCAGAGUAAUGAUGGGUUUUGUUUAAUUCCUGUUGCCAGCCUUGCUGUUGGAAUGGAAUGGUCUUACAUUUUGAUCUUGACUUUGAGUUUGUGGACCUGCUGCCAUUAGCUUUAAGCAAGAACCACCUGACUGGUGAUCACUGUCACUUCAGUGUCUUGAUUGAACAGUGUCUGCUCUCUCUGGACACCUGAAGGGUUUGAAAUGCAGUCUAGAACAUUACACUGGGUAAAAUCACUACUUGUAAUGUUAAACUGAUUUCAUCCUGAUGGUGACUGGAGAUGCAUGCUGUUAGAUAUCUGGCAUGUAGUGUCUGGCACUGCAUGUAUCUUCAAUUAUCAUUCUAGAAUAGCAGCACUUUGAACAAUUGGAAACCUUCACUUUUGGAGAGCCUAUUGAAACCAAGAAAUGCUAAUUUUGCACAUCUUGUAUGUUAAACUGGAGUCUGCCUUUCAAUGGAAGAAUUUGUAAAAUGAGGUAACAAGGACCUUCCUAAGCCAAAUGAAUUCUUUCUAGACUUUCUAAAAAUGUUCUAAAUGUUUGGCUUUAUCUAUCCACACUACCAUCAUAACCAGGAUAAAUUUUAUUGGCUCUUCUCUACCAUAAGUUUUACCUUUGGGAACAAUAUAGAUGUGCCAGUUAAACCUUUCCAAAUGCACAGCCAACCUUCACAACUAGAUCAGCCACUAGUGACGUAGUGUGAGUGCACCAAAUGUUCUAUAUAGUUCACAACGAACACUCAAACUAAAUGAUGGCUUUACCAGCUCCUACAAUGAUGUCCUUGCACCUUGUAAUCUUGGCAUACACAUCCUGACCAUUCACCUAAAGUGGGAGGUGGUACCACCAUCUAUCCACAUGCAUUUGUCCAUUACAGAUGUAUUAUCCAUGUUCAUGGAAGUGGGGACAUCUCCAUUAGUUCCAGUGUUUUAAGAUGCUGAUUUUGUUGAUACUGAUUUUCAGGAUUACCAUCUCCAAUUGUUAGAGCAGGUUCUUGCCUAUGGAAUCACCAGUAAAACACUCUGGCAGCUACUGCAGUUCUACCUGAUCCUUGCCAGCCCUGGGACUGUGUCCAUCCAGAUAUCGAACUCAGUAGCUCAAACUGGAAAUGUAGAAUGUUUAUAUAAAGCUGUGUAACUAUUAAAAUGUAAUCUAUCUGUACUGUGGUCUUUUAUUAAAUGUAUUGAUGCAUCA